AUGAUCCAACGGUCCCGAUUGGGCGUCAUGGUUGUUAUAUUCAUUUGAAUGGAAUUUCGUUCAUUUUGUGUCUGACACUGAGAAUCGCUCUUUCAUCCUCUCUUCUCCUCUUCUCUCCUCUCUCUCGCACUCGCAUUUCCAAAGCAGAGCAGAUAUUAGAAGAUGGCAGACGCUGAGGAUAUUCAACCCCUUGUUUGUGAUAAUGGAACAGGAAUGGUUAAGGCGGGGUUUGCGGGAGAUGAUGCCCCACGUGCUGUCUUCCCUAGCAUUGUUGGCCGUCCACGGCACACCGGUGUGAUGGUUGGCAUGGGCCAGAAAGAUGCGUAUGUGGGUGACGAGGCUCAGUCCAAGCGUGGUAUUCUGACUCUCAAGUACCCCAUUGAGCAUGGCAUCGUCAGCAACUGGGAUGAUAUGGAAAAGAUUUGGCAUCAUACCUUCUAUAAUGAGCUUCGUGUCGCCCCUGAGGAACAUCCCGUUCUCUUGACCGAGGCUCCUCUUAACCCUAAGGCUAAUCGCGAGAAGAUGACCCAAAUCAUGUUUGAGACUUUUAAUGCCCCUGCCAUGUAUGUAGCCAUUCAGGCUGUUCUUUCACUCUAUGCCAGUGGUCGUACAACCGGUAUUGUGUUGGAUUCUGGGGAUGGUGUCAGUCACACAGUCCCUAUCUACGAGGGUUAUGCCCUUCCUCAUGCGAUCCUUCGUCUUGAUUUGGCUGGUCGUGAUCUCACUGAUUUUCUGAUGAAGAUUCUGACUGAGCGUGGAUACUCUUUUACCACCUCAGCAGAGCGUGAAAUUGUGAGGGAUAUGAAGGAGAAGCUGGCAUACAUAGCCCUGGACUAUGAGCAGGAGCUAGAGACAUCGAAGACCAGCUCUGCAGUGGAGAAGAGCUACGAGUUGCCUGAUGGGCAGGUUAUCACCAUUGGAGCUGAGCGUUUCAGGUGUCCAGAGGUGUUGUACCAACCAUCCAUGGUGGGGAUGGAAGCAGCAGGCAUUCACGAAACAACAUACAACUCCAUUAUGAAAUGUGAUGUUGACAUCAGGAAAGAUCUGUACGGUAACAUUGUACUUUCAGGAGGCACAACCAUGUUCCCUGGCAUUGCUGAUAGAAUGAGCAAGGAAAUUUCUGCUUUGGCCCCCAGCAGCAUGAAGAUCAAGGUGGUUGCUCCUCCUGAGAGAAAGUACAGUGUCUGGAUCGGAGGUUCUAUCCUGGCAUCCCUCAGCACCUUCCAGCAGAUGUGGAUUGCAAAGGCAGAGUACGAUGAGUCUGGACCAUCAAUUGUGCAUAGAAAGUGCUUCUAAAUUGUUUGAUCAAUAGGGUUAUUGAAGGAAAAGACGGCUGUUUUAUUCCUCCGGAACAACUGCUGCCUGCUUGUAACCCUUUCAUUCUAUUCUAACUUUUUGUAUCCGUUUACGUUUUUCUCUGGAGUCAUUCAUGAUUUGGAGAAGGCGAGGACUUUGUUUUGUCAAAAAUGGUGCAUUCAAUUUUCCCUAUUAUUAUAUAUUUCUAUUUUUAUUUUGAAUUGAGAUC